AUGCGUCUUUUGGAACUCAACAACCACGGCGAAGUCAGCCUAACCAAAGAUCUUAUCAACAACAUUCCUCCCUACGCGAUACUUUCACAUACUUGGGGGGAGGAUAAUGAAGAGGUUACCUUUCAAGACUUGACGCAGGGUGUUGGGAAGAGCAAGGCUGGCUAUGGAAAGAUCCGGUUCUGUAGGGAACAAGCUACUAGAGAUGGCCUUCAGCACGUCUGGAUUGACACUUGUUGUAUCGACAAAUCGAAUUCCACCGAACUCUCGGAGGCUCUCAACUCCAUGUUCCGCUGGUACUGUGACGCGGCUCAGUGCUAUGUGUACUUGUCAGACGUUUCGGCGCGCGGCUCCGGAUGGGAAUCAGCUUUUCGGAAGAGCAGAUGGUUUACUCGAGGCUGGACCCUUCAAGAGCUUCUCGCUCCAAGAUCGGUCGAGUUCUUCUCGGGAGAGGGCGAACGACUGGGCGAUAAGAAUUCCCUCGACCAACAAGUCCGCGAGAUAACGGGGAUCCCUAUCGAUGCUCUCCAAGGAAAAUCUCUAUCUUCUUUCUCCGUUCCUGCGCGGCUUUCGUGGGCAAAGAAACGAGAAACUAGGCGCCAAGAAGACAAGGCAUAUUCUCUAAUGGGCAUCUUCGGCAUUCACAUGUCGCCUAUCUAUGGCGAGGGGGAGGCUGAGGCCUUCGAACGGCUCCACUGCGAGAUC